GUCAGCCAUGUUGCCAAAAAAAUUGCAAAUGGCGGACAUUGGAUAAAUCGAGUCUGCAGUUUGCACCUGAGCCUUCGCAUUCAUGUCAACAAAUGUCCAAUUAUUUUUCCGGAAAGUUUCGUAAUAAAAGUGUCUGUGGGUUUUUAAGAUGGUGACCAGAUAAUUUUACUCCGGCGAGUGUGUUCAUCAUAAUUGUGUAACGAGGAUUACACCGAGUACUUGUGUAUUAAUUGCGCGGGAAAAAUAAGGGGAGAAAUGUCUGGAUACCGAAGGGUAAAUUAUUACGAGUUGUGCAGACUCUGCACAAGCAGUGAGGGAAAUAAAUUGAACAUAUUUCGAGAGGAAGGACGUCGCAGGCAACUCCAGAGUAAAAUACAAACUUAUCUGCCAAUUCAGGUUCUGGAGGAGGACUCGCUACCAAAGAUCGUUUGUCACGAGUGUGUGAGAAAAUUGGAGAACUACAUUGAGUUUAGGGAGACUGUUGUCAGUGCUGAGGGCAUGCUGGAGUCGUACUUCACUUCGUUGAGGUUCUCAGAGGACUUUCUGAAGGAGGGAAAGGUCUAUGUCAAGAGCACUGAGAAGGAGACACCUGCCAGUCCUCAGGAUCCACUUAAGAUUGAUCAGAUUGAGGAGGAGGAGGAGGAGAGCGAUCCCCUUAUUGUGCCGGAGACACAGGGACAACAGCAGGUCGUUGUGGGGGGAUUAAAUGCUUCGAAUAUACAGAUUAUCAGUGGGGUGCAGGCGAGGGUGCAGCAGUACAAAUGUGCCAUGCAGAUGCAAUCUGGUGGGGUAGCAGCUGCAGUGGUCGAAGCAACAGCCGAGACCCACUACAGCUACCAACAACAAACCUCCCAGCAGUUGUCUCCUGAGAAUCCCUCUCCCCAGGCUCGUCUCACAGAGGCCCAAUCCCAGCCUCAACUGCAGGUGCAGAAUGCAAUACAGAGCCAAAAUCAAAUAAACCUCCAGCCCCAACGUUCCCAGCAACAAAACCCAAUCAACACAAUAACCCAAAUUCAGCAGCUACGAGAGUUCGAGAAACGCCAAUUGCAACUUGAAAAGGAACAGUCCCAACAGACCCAGGUUGUUAGCACCGUUCUCCUGAAGGCAACAGACGUCGACCAGGAACAGGAUCAACUUCCCUCGAAAACCAAUGAGAAUCAAAACCUGGAAUCUUCAGAUGCUAGUGUCCAGAACUAUGCUGCAGUUCAAGCCGGUCCCGAGGUCUUUCUCAGUCUCAACUUCAAGGACUCAGCUAUCACUCAGCAAACUCCUCGAGACGAAGUCAAAGAGUUGAAGGAUUUUAUAAAAUCAGAAGAUGCAAUUGCUCGAAAUUCCAUCGGUCAAAUCUCUGAAUUCCUACGCAUACGUACCUGUCCAGAAACAAACUCACUCAUAACAGUCAAUCCUCAGGUGAUCUGCCAAACUGGAAGGAACCUGGACUGUCGUGACUGUGGCAAGAGCUUCGAGUCAUUGAACCAGUUGAACAGCCACGAGUGUCCAAGUUCUCCCCUGAUGAACGAGGUUUCCGAGAUUGAGACCAAGGACGAGCCAUUGACUGGAAAUGGCACAACAACAUCAUUCAGCUGUGACGUAUGUGCCAAGCCUUUCAAACGAAAAGAGCACCUGUUUCAGCAUAGAAAAUUGCACACUGGUGAGAGGCCCUAUGUAUGUACAACGUGUGCCAAAGCAUUCAGUAGAAAGGAGCACCUGGUGCGCCACUCAGUGUCACACACUGGACAGAAGAUGCAUGAGUGCGAAAUGUGUGGUAAGAGCUUCUCGAGGAAGGAUAAUCUCCACAAACACAGGAAGACUCACGGGGUAGCUGGGCCUUAUAUAUGUGAGACGUGUGGCAAGUCCUUUGUCGUUAAGCAUUAUUAUCUCAUGCAUCUCACCACUCAUGCACCUACUCAGGGAGAGGGAGAUAAUUGUCCUGAUCCUCUUCCUUAUAAGUGUGAUCUCUGUCACAAAGCCUUCUCGGUUAAGCAGUAUUUGACGACGCACAAGCUGAGACACAGGUCGAAGAAUAAUCAUGGCAGUCAGAGUAGUCAGGGACAGCAGUCUGCUGUCAGCACGAGUAAUGGGGUUGUCACGAGUAGUGUCACUAGUACGAGCAGCUUGGGGAGUGGAAGUGGUCAGGAGGGACAGGUUGUUGAGAUGCAGGGGGUGGGUGAGAGGGAGCAAGGCCAGCAGCAGAACUUUGGGAGCAAUCAGUAUCAGGGGAAUGUUCAAGGGUUUCAAUGAGAUAAGGGUAAGCGUGUCUACUAUGUGCUUCUUCCCAAUGGCAAUAAUCACAAAAUUGUUGUCGUUUAAAGGAAAAGUUGUAGACACGCAUCUGCUGGGCUGCCGUUACGAGAGCUUGGGAAUUUGAGGAUAUUAUUGAUUCCAGUUUAUUUCAGGAUUUAUUUUGAAUCGUGGGUCUGUAAGAAAUUUUUUAUGGAUGUAUUCGUUUUUUAAUUAACUGCAGAUCAUUUCUGUGAUACAAUUUUGUUUACACCUUUCCAUUGACUAUGUUAUGAUCAAAAAAUCAUCAUGGUCAAAAAAAAUCUUUUGACAUUUCCAAGUAUUUUAAUUUCAUGAAUAUAAUGAAAAAGUAAAAGUAAAAAUUCUUGAGCGCUCGUAAAUGCAAUCCAGCCUUCUAGCUUUAAUUUCUCCUCGGCCAACAAGCACUUUUUAUGUUUUAUUCGAUAAACGUAUUGACCCCUCUGGCAAAUUUUGUACUUUAAUAACACUAUAAAAUGCAAAUACCGAUAAUCAAAAUGUUUUUCGCCACAUCGAUAACAAAUAAUGCAAAACAAAACCCCUUCAGUGUAAAAGUGUUUUACAUGAAUUCUUUGCAGUGCGCUUAAGAGACUGACAGACUUUAUAUAACAGUGUAAAUAUUUUAUCAGAUGAAUGCUGGAGUAUUAUAAUUGCAGGUGUGAUGGGUAGAGGUACACAUAAAUUAAUAAUAGGGUCAUUUCGUUGAGAUGCGCGUUAAUGAAAUGGGGAGAAACAGCCGAGAUAUUCGUGCAAAAUACAUUGAAGUGUACUAUUAGGUUUAUCGAUUGGAGAUUGAAAAUAUGAUGGGCGCAGUGUCGCCGUUAUCGACUAUUUUUUCAGAAAAAAAAAUAAUUCCACUAGUAUAUCUGAUAAGUAUUUAACUUUACGUAGAUAUUUGGUUUUUGGGGAAUCGUAUCGUGAUUUGUGUCGUGAUAACAACUCUGUGGAGCCACAGGAGGUUUAGUUUUUUUUCUAGAUUGUUUUAUUCUGAACACAUGACAAAAAGCUUUCCAAUGAUGUCUUAAAUUUUUGAGCGAUUAUUUUUCAGUGAAAUUGUGCAAUACUUGAUCACUGUGCCAAGCACUAGUUGGAUCUAAUUAAAAUCCUUAUUUAUUAUAUAUAUAUAUAUAUAUAUAUAUAUAUAGAUUUUUUUUUAUUUGGCGGUCAGCUGUGGCUCUUUAAACUCAAAAAAAUUCAAUAAACAGUUCUAGGGAAAGUGUGUUUAGUUGAUAAUUAGUUAUAUGUAUGCGUACACACAUGUACAUACAUGUAUAUGGAGUAGAGUAGAUGAUUUUAAGACCAAAGAAUACUAUAUUGUGUAAAGGGAGGAUGACGAGAUGAAUAAGGAGAAAAUUUAAACUGUAUGCGUAAUUCUUAUCAAUUAGGUUGAUAGAUUAUAUAUGAUAAUUAUCAUGUAAGUGUGAUUGAAGUUACGGGAUUAUACAAUUUCUGGAAGACUUGAUUAGUGAAUUAGUGGAGUGCCAUUGACCAAAAUUAAAGAAGAAUAGAUAAAGGAAAAUAUACGGAUUAAAUUGCAUUUCAAUAAUCGCCAUGAAUAAUUUUAACUCAUCGAAUUGCGUUUUCAUUUUGUAACUUGUAAUCGAACUUUCGGCUAAAUUAGAAAUUUUCCGUCAUUAUUGGGGGAUAGGUAGUGUGGUUAAUCCUUCGACGUCUGAAUAUCAAAUAAAGAGAAUCUUUGAGAGUGA